AUGACCCCAAUCGCCAUAAUCUUAAUUGUUCUACCUUUAUUUUGUGCUGAAACUCAAGAAAAUGCCACAGAAUUUGUGUUCAACCCGAAAUUUGCCCUCCCAACCGAUUCCUAUGGACCUGUCGACUAUGAACGACCUCCAGUAUGUGCCGAUAUUCCGUGCGAUGCGAAGUGCUGCGAUGAGAGGUUUUUUUUCCUUUUUUUUGAACGGAAUAAACCUCAUUUUUAUCACUGAAAAAAAUGUUUCGAGUUCAGAAAAAAUAGUUGCUAGAGUUUUAGCUUUUGUGCUCCAUGGACAUUUUAUUUUUAGGUCCCUGAGUAGAACUUGAUGUAGUUUUUAUAAGCCGGUGGAUGAGCUAGAGCUCGGUUUCAAAAACAGGAAAUUGGUUUCAAAACUCAAUAUGGUUUUUAUAAACAGGAAAAUGAGCGAAAUUUACGUUGAACACUAAAAAAAUGGGAGUUUUAGAAGAUUUUUUGAUUUGGAAAAAAUAGCCACGUAAAGAUGGGCUUUUGCGCUCCAUGGACAAUCAUUUUUGACCCUAAAUCCGGAGUCAGCAUGCCAUUCAAAAAUAUGAAAGCUGGAAAAAUUUUAAUGAUUCUAACUCAAAAAGAGUCGUUUGGAAAAUAUAGCCGCUUCAAGAUGGGCUUGUGCGCUCCAUGGACAAAUUUUUUUCCCAAUCGAAAACUCAAAAAAAAAAAUUGAAGCAGCUUGAUUCAUGGCUUGAAGUAGAAUUUUCAGAGUGUUUUGUUAAAUGUGAAAAAAGAGGCCCUGAUAUGUAAGACUUUUGUGCUCCAUGGAGAAUUUGGAGGGAUGAAAAAAAAAUGAAAAUUUAUAGAUUUCGAUUGAUUUCUUGUCGAAAAUUGAGUGGAAAACGUCUUUCGAAAGUAUUGAAAUUUAUGAAGAUUAGGUCACUUUUUCAGUUGAACUACAUAAUUAAGUGGAUCUUUUUUUCAAAUGCUGUGUUAGAAAUAAAUGUUUUUUUAAAAUUUUUCAAAACUGUUCGCAUUUUCGAGAUUUUUUUCCAGACGCCUCGUCGUUUUUUUGCCGGAACAAUCGUGGCUCUGA